UCACGUGUCUUCCCCGAAGGAGGCAGGGCUGCCCCGGCCAGGAGAGGGGAAGCCAGAUGUCUCUAUCCCUCGCUUUAGAUUUGGGCUAGGGACGGUAGCGGAGGCCUUACAGGGCGGGCAAGCUGAGGAUGCAUGGCGGGAGACUCGAGGGUCGAAAGCGCCGGGGAGUUGCUGGCUGCGGCCCACGAGCACUUCGAAAGGCGGCAGCACGAGAGGGCGGAGGAGCUCUACAGCCGAUACAUCCAGCACUGCGCAUGCUCCGCCGUGAGCAAACACCUUUGCCACAAUCUGGCAACAGCACUUAACAACAGAGGACAAAUUAAAUAUUUCAGAGUUGAAUUCUAUGAAGCUAUGGAUGAUUAUACGUCAGCUAUACAAGCACAGCCAGAUUUUGAAAUCCCCUAUUAUAACAGAGGAUUAAUAUUAUAUAGGCUAGGAUUCUUUGAUGAAGCCGUGAAGGAUUUUAGGAAGGUGUUAGAGCUAAAUCCUAAAUUUGAAGAUGCUUCUUUGAGUUUGAGACAGACUCUCCUUGAGAAAGAAAACAAGUUAAGAAGAGGUUAUUGAAGUCCAGUGUGUAGAAGAAACAGGUUGUGAGACUGGAAUAUUUGGUAAAGAUGUAAAUUUCCUGGGGUGGUGGGGUUAAGGGUGUUACUUCUCAGUUGUGAAUAGAUCAAUUUCCAUGCAAAGUAAUCCUUAAGAUAUCAAACAUUUGGCAUGAAUUUGUAGCUCUUCAAUUAAAUGAAGAUUUAUUUUAUUCAGUAAAAUAGUUUGGCCCUAUGUGUACUGGCAAGGUAUAUAAAACAGAUUUCCUUGAUAACCAGCUACUUCCUCAUUAAAAUUAUAUUAUACUACAUUAAUAAGAAAUAUCAAAGGUAUGAAUUAGUGCAGAACUUCUACAUGUUGCUAUUGGUGAUUCCCCAUAAUGCCUAGUAAUAUUGAUUGGUUUAAAAUAUAUAUAUUAUUUUAAUAAGCAAUUAGUUUUGUUACACAAUAUAUUAAGCUUUGGUUAUUUUUGCUUUCACAGCAUUACGGAUUUGUGUUUUCAUUGUAUUCUCAUUGCUGAAAUUAGGCUAAGAGGUGGUGGAUUAUGUAACAUGUACACACUCAACUCUAAAUAGGAGAUCUUAUAUCUAGUGAAAUGAAAUAUAUUUAUUUGUGUAAUCCCAAUACGUGAAUGAAAAAUUAAACUUUUUUUGAAUGAAAUGUAUUCUUGAAAAAAAUUGUAGUAGCAGAUUUUAAAUUUCAAAUAUGACCAACUUAAAAAUUUGUAUCUUCCAUUUUUAAUUCAUGAAGCUUUUAUUAUUAGGAAGUUAGUAUGAAACAUAUUUUAAUAAUCCCAAGUAAAGCUUGCCAUGGUAACUGCAUGAUUAUACCUAGGGAAAGAAAAAACAAUAUAUAUACAGUAGUUAGUUCAUUUUAGAUGCCAGUGCUUGUAAGGUUAAUAAAUGGAUGCCCCUACAUGUUUGUCCUUGUGCAAGUUUUAUUCUCCCAAACUCGGUGAUUAAUGUAUGGCUAUACAGAUUGCUUAAUCAACAGUUUGCAACUCUUAGCUCAAACUUCUGUUUCAAGAUAAGUACUGACCUUCAAAUGCUGCUUGCAAGCUAGUGGCUUAUAGUGGCUUACGAACUUUGCCAGAGCUAGCAAUCAUUUUAAAGGAAGCUCUAAGCAAGAUAUCUUCUACCUCCCCAUUUUCUGAGGGAACUUCCUUGGGUAGUAGUAAGAACAGGACUAAGAAGUACAAGCAUAAUUGAAAGGCAAUCUGGGGAUAUAAGGAGCGUACUAUCACAUCAAGUGAGAGUUGCAAAUCAUUCAGGAGUGGCCUUUGACUAGGUUUACCCCUGAUACUUCAUUCUCUGGUACUCCAAAUUAAAGCAUGGGAUACCAAUGGUAUUACAAUUUCAGAACAUUUUCCUGUGAAGUUUAGUCCUUUGUUUGAUAAGCAUUUAAAUAGAUUCUUUAAGUUGUUCUUGAAUGAAUCCUUUGGCUGGAUAAUAGUUCACUGAACAGAAGAGGAAAUAGCAGCUUGUAUUAAAAGGGAUUUGCUUAUGUCACUGUGUUUAUGUGGGACACGAUUAAAGCAUUUCCUAAUCCAAAA